AAGGACUUCACUUCAUAUUCAAGUUUAAGGCAUGUGGAAACAUUUAUAGCCUAUACAAAAUAAUCAAAGUUUAAAUAGUCUCGAAGUUUCAACCUAUUCAAGUUGCACGGUGAUUAAUAAUGCGUGGAACCGUGGAGCAAUUUUGACAGAAAUUAGAAGGCAGUUUCUGAUUUCUUGCUACGUUGACUGACUUUUAGACACUUAAAAUCAUUACAUUGAUUCUCACUCACUCACUUUGCCUUUCUGAGACUCAACACUCCAGCAUACAUACAACCUUCUCAUGGCUCUGCAAUCUUCCUUCUCCUCCUCUUCCAUCCAUUCUUCUUCUUUUUCUUCCCCCUCCUCUUUCAGCUAUGCUUACAAAUAUGAUGUGUUUAUUAGUUUCAGAGGCCAAGAUACUCGCUAUGGUUUUACUGGCUAUCUUUAUGAUGCUCUUUCUAAUAAAGGAAUUCAUGCCUUCAUUGAUGAUGAGGAGCUUUCAAAAGGAGACCAAAUCACACCCUCACUUCUCAGCUCAAUCCAAGAGUCUAGGAUUGCCAUCAUUGUCCUCUCUCCUAACUAUGCUUCUUCUUCUUUUUGCUUAGAUGAGCUUGUCCACAUCCUUCACUGCAUCAAGGGAAAUAAUCGGUUGGUUUUGCCCGUUUUCUACAAUGUUGAUCCUUCUGAUGUUCGCCAUCUGAAAAAGAGUUUUGGAACAGCAAUGGCUAAGCAUGAGGAGAGAUUCAAGAAUGACAUGAACAAGGUGCUCAAAUGGAAGAAGGCUCUGCGUCAAGUAGCUGAUUUGUCUGGCUAUCAUUUCAAAGAUGGGGAUGGAUAUGAACACAAGUUUAUUAGAAAUAUCGUGGAAAACAUCUCAAGAAAGAUUAGGUGUGUACCUUUGCGUGUUGCUGAUUACCAUGUUGGACUAGAAUCUCGAGUACCGGAAGUAAUUUCCCUUUUGGAAAUGGAUUCUAGUGAUCGAGUUCACAUGGUAGGGAUACAUGGAAUUGGUGGCAUAGGAAAAACAACACUUGCUCAUGCUGUUUAUAAUUCGAUUGCUGACAAUUUUGAAAGUGUGUGCUUUCUUGAAAAUGUGAGAGAAAAUUCAAAUAAAUAUGGAUUAGUACAUCUUCAAAAUUUCCUUCUUUGUAAGAUAUUAGGAAAGGAGGGAGUCCAUAUUAUAGGUGUUAAAGAAGGAACCUCACAGAUACAACAAAGGCUUUGUCGAAAGAAAGUUCUUUUGGUUUUGGAUGAUGUUGAUGAUUGCAAGCAGCUCCAGGCCAUUGCUGGAAAACUUGAUUGGUUUGGUCCGGGUAGCAGAGUUAUUAUUACAACACGAGACACACAUUUGCUAAAAUGUCAUGAUGUGCAAAACACAUUCGAAGUAAAGGAUUUAAAUGAGACAGAGUCUUUUCAAUUGCUUAUUAAAAAAGCAUUUGAAAAUGACAAUGUUGUCCCAAGUUACACAAAUGUCUUAAAUCGUGCAAUAACUUAUGCAUCUGGACAUCCACUGGCGUUAGAAAUAAUAGGCUCCAACUUGUUUGGGAAAGAAGUAGAAGUAUGGGAAUCUGCAUUGGAUCAAUUUGAAAAACAUCUUGAUAAUAAAAUACAUAAGAUACUUCAAGUGAGUUUUGAUGCUUUGGGAAAAGAAGAGCAGAGUAUUUUUCUUGAUAUUGCUUGUUGUUUUAAAGGAUAUACAUUAAAGGAACUUACAGAUAUACUUCAAGCUCAUUAUGGGAGUUGCAGGAGAUAUCAUAUUGGAGUCUUGAUUGAGAAAUCUCUCAUAAAGAUUGAUCUACACAAAGUAACAUUACAUGAUCUAAUAGAGGAUAUGGGCAAAGAAAUAUAUCGAGAACAAUCAUCAGAAGUGCCUGGAAAGUGUAGUAGGUUAUGGUUUCAUGAAGAUAUAGUUAAAGUUUUAGAAGAUUACAAGGGAACUAGUGCCAUUGAAAUCAUACAUUUGGAAUUUCCUUUAUUUAGAAAGGAAGGAGGUGAAGAUCCAUCGGAAAAAGAGAAAAAUGAUGAUGUAGAAGUAAAAUGGGAUGGAACAGCUUUUAAAGAGAUGAAAAAUCUCAAAACACUAAUCAUAAAAAAUGGUCGUUUUUCCAAAGGUCCCAAAUAUCUUCCAAAUAGUUUAAGAGUAUUGGAAUGGAGGAAGUAUCCUUCGAGGCAUUUUCCGCCUAAUUUUGAUCCAGAAAAGCUUUCCAUACUCAAGUUGCCUGAUUAUCAAUACAUGUCACCCAAGUUGGAUAGCUUAUCCAAGAUGAUGAUCACCUUAAAAGUUUUGAACUUUGACAACAGUAAUUCUUUAAAAGAGAUACCUGAUAUGUCUAGUCUUCAACUUUUACAAGAAUUUUCGUUUAGAGGAUGUAAAAAUUUAGUUACAGUUCACAGCUCAGUUGGUUUUUUACCUAAACUAAAAAUAUUGAAUGCCGAAGAAUGCAGCAAGCUGAGGAGUUUUCCCCCUGCUAUCAAUUUACCCUCACUGGAAGAACUGGGUCUAUAUGGUUGCUCAAGCCUUGAGAAUUUUCCAGAAAUUCCAGAAGAGAUGGAAAAUCUUGAAAUGCUUCAAUUGCAGGGCACUGGCAUAAAAGAUUUUCCAUGUUCAUUUCGUAAUCUUUCUAGACUGUGCCAUUUGAAAAUGAGCGGAGGUAAAAUGUGUAAGAUACCAAGUGUCAUUGGCAUGAUGCCAGAAUUGGCUUUUUGUGAGAUUGAUGGAGAAGGCAAUAUGGGGUGUGUAUCAGCAAAACAGGAGGAGAGUCUUCAAGGAAUACUCACUCACUUCCUUCCCUCUUCAAAUAUGAAAUUGCUUUCUCUCUUUAACAGCAAUCUGUCUGAUGAUUUUUUUCCCUUGGCUGUUGCAUGGUUUCCCAAUGUGGAAAUGUUAGACCUAAGAGGCAAUAAUUUCACAGUCCUUCCUGAAUGCAUCCAACAAUUUCUCUUUCUAGAUUCCAUCAUUGUGGAUCACUGCAAGCAUCUUCUAGAGAUUAAAGGGAUUCCACCAAAGUUGGAACAUUUCUCAGCAGUAAACUGCAAAUCCUUGAGCCCUAGGGCCACAAGCAUGUUACUCAAUCAGGAAUUGCACGAGGGUAGAAGGGCUCGGUUUGUGAUGCCAGGUGAAAGGAUUCCAAGGUGGUUUGAGCACCGCAGCAGCGGAGCUUCUAUUUCUUUCUGGUUUCGCGGCACCGAAUUCCCUUCGAAAUCUCUUUGUGUUGCAAUUCUACUCAAAGAUGACAUCCCUUCCCCAGAUCAAGUAACAACCACGUUGUCCAUCAAGAUCAAAUGCAACCAAGUUUCCCUUCCAUGGGUCCUGAUGAUCACAAUGGAUCAAUUAUGUAUUUUUAAUCUGAAUACAGUAGAUUAUCAUAAAGCACUACAUUUUGAAAAAGGAUGGAAUCUUAUGGAGGUUUCAUAUGAGGCAAGUCAACAGGACGAUUUCUACUACAAAGUGGUCUCAAGCGAAUCAAUUGCAAAAGAGAUUGGAAUUCACGUAGUGAAGCAAGAGAGUAGUAGUGUAAUUCAAGAUAUUCGAUUCACUGAUCCAUACAAAAUGACACAACUAAUUAUAAUGAUGAUCAUGCUCUCAAUGAUAUUCCCCAACCAUAACAAGCACCCCUUGCUCCUCCAAACAUGCAUUGGUUUGUGGACAUUGCUCUUUCUGUAA